CGACUUCCUGUUUGUGUGAAGGGAGGAGGAGGAGUUAUCGGUCUGUGCUGCGGACCCACGGACAAACAGACAGACACGGCUACAGUACUUUUCAUUUCGCCGUUUACAUUAAGGGAAGCUACACUCCCUCCUCUCCCUCCUGGAGCGACGGUAUGGACGCACCGAGGAGAAUCCGGCAGCUGCAGUGACGCACUUUAAAUUGAGCGGCUCGGAUUCAAACAGCUAGGCUGUUUGUGAACCAGGGUCCACCAUGGUGCAGGAGUACCAGUCCCCCGUGCGGGUCUACAAGCACCCGUUUGAGCUAAUCAUGGCGGCCUAUGUGAGGAGGUUCCCAAAGUGCCCCCUGAUCCCAGUGUUUGUAGACAGCGAGAUCGUGAGUGAGAACCAAAGCAAGGAUGGAUCCACACUGGUGACUGAGAGGCGCUGCGUGAUCGACAUCGAUGCCCCACGGCUUCUUAAACGGAUCGCCGGUGUAGAUUACCUAUACUUUAUCCAGAAGAACACUCUAAAUCGCAGAGACAGGACACUCCGCAUCGAGGUCCACAAUGAGACCUUUUCCAGCAGAGUUGUUGUCCGAGAGUGCUGCAACUACACGGUUCAUCCAGAGAAUGAAGACUGGACAUGCUUUGAACAGACAGCUAGUAUGGAUAUCAAGUCCUUUUUUGGCUUUGAGAGCACAGCAGAGAAGAUAGCUAUGAAACAGUAUGCUAGCAGCAUUAAGAAGGGUAAAGAAAUUAUUGAGUACUACCUCAGAGAGCUGGAGGCAGAAGGAGUAACUUACAUACCUCGUUGGACCCCCCCUGUUGUCUCUGGCACUACCAGAGCAAUCCCGGUGAAGGGUGCUAGGAAUGGACUGGACAGCAAAGACACAGAGCUGGUGGUCGGCUCACCUGACGACAAGCUAGAUGCUGACUACAUCAGACGUUACCUAGGAGAUUUAACGCCUCUGCAGGAGAGCUGUCUUAUUCGACUGCGCCAGUGGCUCCAAGAAAACAACAAGGGCAAGAUUCCAAAGGAUCAGCAUGUGCUGCGCUUCCUGAGGGCCAGAGAUUUCAACCUUGACAAAGCCAGAGAGUUCAUGUGGCAGUCGCUCACCUGGAGGAAGCAGCACCAGGUAGAUUUCCUGUUGGACACGUGGGAGCAGCCACAGCUGCUUCAGGACUAUUACGCCGGAGGCUGGCACCACCACGACAAAGAUGGCCGUCCUCUGUAUGUUCUGCGUCUGGGGCAAAUGGACACGAAGGGCUUAGUACGAGCUUUAGGAGAGGAGAAGCUGCUGAGACAGGUCCUGUCUCUCAAUGAGGAGGGACUGAGGCGUUGUGAAGAAAACACCAGAGUCUUCGGUCGGCCCAUCAGCUGCUGGACUUGCCUGGUGGAUCUAGAGGGUCUUAACAUGCGUCACCUCUGGAGACCAGGAGUGAAGGCUCUGCUGAGAAUCAUUGAGGUGGUGGAGGCCAACUACCCCGAGACUCUGGGUCGCCUACUCAUACUGAGGGCGCCCAGAGUUUUCCCAGUGCUCUGGACCCUGGUGAGCCCUCUAAUUGAUGAGAACACCCGCAAGAAGUUCCUCGUAUAUGCCGGUAACGACUACCAGGGUCCAGGAGGACUGGUGGACUACAUAGACAAAGAAAUCAUCCCCGACUUCUUGGGAGGGGAUUGCAUGUGUGACAUCCCUGAGGGAGGUAUGGUCCCCAAAUCUUUGUACAGGACAGCAGAAGAGCUGGAGAGUGAAGAAAACCGCCUUCUAACUGACUCCAUCUAUAAGAGUGCCAGUAUUUUCAAAGGAGCCCCAUAUGAGAUGCUGGUCGAGAUCACUGAAGCCUCCUCCGUCAUCACCUGGGACUUUGAUGUGUCCAAAGGAGAUGUGAUUUUCAACAUCUACCACUCCAAGAGAGCCCCACAGCCUCCCAAGAAAGACACCCUCGGAGCCCACGCCAUCACAUCCCUCGGGGCCGUUAACACCCAGCUGAUAGACAGGAACUGGGUGCUGGGAAAGGACUACAGCAUGGUGGAGAAAGCACUCACCUGCAGGGAGGGAGAGAGUGUGCAGGGCUCCCACAUAACGCGCUGGCCCGGCUUCUACAUCCUCCAGUGGCGCUUCCACAGCACCCCGGCAUGCUCUGCCUCCAGCCUGCCUCGUGUGGAUGAUGUGCUGGCCUCGCUUCAGGUCUCCUCCCACAAGUGCAAGAUCAUGUACUACACCGAGGUGCUGGCCUCCCAUGACUUCAGGGGAUCCAUGACAAGUCUGGAGUCGAGUCACAGUGGUUUCUCUCAGCUCAGUGCUGCCACUACCUCCUCUAGCCAAUCACACGCCAGCUCCACCAUCUCCAGGUAGCAUCUGCUCAGCAGGUGUUAAAGGAAGCAGUGACCUAAAACCUCCUGACAUAUACUCCGACUGUGCCUUGUGGCUUCAUAAAGAGGCUGUUUUUACCAGUACACUUAAAGGGGCACUAUGUAGUUUUGGAGAAUACAUUGAGGCUCAGAAUAUUUAAUAAACACAAUUUUUUAUUUAGUUAAAUUUAUUCUUUCCAUAAGUGAAUAAACAAACUGCUCACAGUGGAAAAUAAAGUCCAAAGAACACUUUUUAAAGGGACUUAUGAUCCUCCACAGGGUCCGUCACGUAACAGUAAUAAAACUGUCGUAAAACAGUAUAAAACUGUCUUGAACUUGAAGGUUAGUUUGUCUAUUCAGUCUUGAAAGCAAAGAGUUUGCUUAUUUAUUUUGUUUAAAGAUGAGAAUAAAAAAAUAAAAAUCAAUGAAUUCUGAUCAAAAUAUUUCCCCCAAAGCUACAUAGUGCUCCUUUAAAUAAGACAUUAAUCUGAUGAUUAAAGUUGAGGAGACUGAUAUUAUUUGAUGUUUUAUGGAUCGGUUUGGACGGAAUCACGCACUUGAAAGUUUUCAUUUAUUGUGCGUAUGAUGACUGACUUGUUCCUUUUCUUUGCUGGACUAAUAGUAAUGUAUAACACAUGCAAUGCACAGUACAAAUAACUGACUGACUGUAUUUAUAGUAGGUGUGUGUCCCAUAAGUGCCAUUACAGAGGAGCAUCUGCCGGAUCAAUAAUGCAAAAAGGAGACGCCCCACAAACAGCAGCUCUUACAUAAGAUGAAAUGUUGCAGAGAGAUUGAAAAGUAAAAAAAAGUGUCUGUACGGCACACACAGCUUCCCUUUCCUCAAGUGUUCACCGACCACAAGAUGUCAGUGUACUCUGUGACUGGAGCUGCUCUUGUAUCUGCAGUGCAUUCACACUCUCACUCACUCGCUUUGUCUGGUUGUCUAAGAAAUCGAAAGAAGGAUUGUUUUAAUAAAGAAUUUAUCACAAGAAUUCA